UCUUUAAAUAAAGAAACUUUCAUACGAGUUGAAAGUUUGCCACUCAAGUAUGACGAGCAAAUGUUUCAAAACAAACAAAGUGUGACGACAUGCGCCACCAGAGGAUCAAUUACUGAGUUGGCAAAAGCCGGAGGGAGCACAGGUGGAAAAACAAUUCCGUCCCACAAGGAUGGGUUGACAUCUUUGUUUUUUAUUUGUCUUUAAUGACUCGCUUCAUCUUUAUUACUGUCAUCAAGUGGAAAAAAAUAUAGUGAAUUUAUUUAAAAUAAUUCCCCGAAGUUCAAAAGCCUUGGAGUUACAUUUAGAAUUUAUUUAAGUGCACGAUAAAUAAACUUUUUUAUCACAGUCUUAAUGUACAAAUAUAUUAUUAAUUUGCCAAUUUUGGGGGUAGUGUGAGUGCUAAGUAAAAGCAACAAAUAUGACUAUAUAAUGCUCUUAAUAAAGUCAGAUGUACUAUAUGAUGUAAGAGAUAUUCAUAUUUCAAAGGAAAUAACAUCAGAAGGAAGAUGACCAUACAAAAAAAAAAACAAUUUUCAAAACCAUUUGAUGGCCACUUUAUUAAAUACACCAUGUGAUGCCUUAGAUUUUUUGUUGUUGCGAAUGUCACAAUUUUACAAAGAGCUUUUGGUACAUUCUAAAUCUCUGCGGGAAUGCUAAUUAUUCGCAUUAGCUCCUAAUAAUAAAUCCCAUGGCGGCUCAGAUCGAGCGGUGUCUCGGGUGACUCUUCAGUAAAUUGAAUUACAAGAAACAUUCCUUUGUGAGAAAAUGUGCGAGAUAUCACAAUAUUAUGAAUAUUAACUUGAUUUGAUUGCUGUUUGGACAAUUUCAAGAGUUUGUUUAAGCUAAGGUAAAAAUUACGCUUUCUAUCAUACUGCUUCAAAAACGACAUCCCCGCGUUGACAUCAGUUACGGUGUACCACAAGGAUCAAUUCUUGGGACUCAAACUAUUUUGAUGGUACAUUAAUCAUCAUUAAAGCUACUCUGUCCACCUAUCUAAUCUAUCCAUCCAACUAGUUCUACCAUUUUCUGUCUGUCUAUCUCACCUAUCCAUCCAUCCAUCCAUCUAUCUGCUGGUUGAAAUUUGGUGGCUCAGUUUAGAGUUAGUGCUCGAGUAAAGUUUUGGAAUAUGCUUUGUCUUUCUUGGUCAAAACAACUGAACAGAUUUGUUGUCAAAUGUUUGCCAAGGUUACGGCAAACCAGCCUCCUUGUGGGAUUAAGAACUUGUUGUUGUUUUCUUCGAAAGUUGCUUUUGUGCCAAGUGGGAGUGUCUGUAGGGGGGGGGGGCAUCCUCUUAUUGGCCACACUCCAGAGUCAAGAACCAGCGGGUCUCGGCGUUCCAGACCAUGAACCUGUUCAAUCCGGCCGAGGAUGAGAACGUGUCCAUGGUGCACCCCGAGUACUUCAUCAUUAGCGGCUUGUCGGGGGUCCCUCACAUCAAGCUGUACUACGUCUUCUUGUUUGCGGUCUACGUGCUGUCUGUGCUAGCCAACAGCGCCGUGAUGGCCGUCAUCUGUCUGGACCGCCGGCUGCAGACCCCCAAGUACGUGGCGGUCUUCAACCUGGCCUUUGUGGACCUGUUCGGGAGCUCGGCCCUGGUCCCCAAACUCCUCGAUGUGUUCCUGUUGGGCAAUCGGCGCAUUCCCUUCCGCAACUGCCUGGCUUAUAUGUUCUUCUGCUACACCUGCUUGUCCAUGCAGUCCUUCAACUUGGUGGCUCUGGCCUAUGACCGGCUCCUGGCCAUCAUUUUCCCACUGCACUACCAGGUGAAGAUGACGCAGCGCUUCAUGUUGCGGCUGAUCUGCGGCUUUUGGCUACUGGUGGUGGUUCUGGUGGCGGUGGCGGCGGGCCUGCUGAGCCGCCUGUCUUUCUGCCGCUCUGUGGUGAUCAACAGCUACUUCUGCGACCACGGCCAAAUCUACCGGCUCUCCUGCAACAGCCACUACCCCAACUAUAUGGUGAGCUGCAUCUACCCGGUGGUGAUCUUCUGGCUGCCACUGGCUUUCAUCCUGCUCAGCUACGCCGCCAUCGGCUGCACCCUGGCCAAGGUGGCCGCCGUCCAGGAGCGCCUCAAGGCCCUGCGCACCUGCGCUGCCCACCUCUCACUGGUGGCCAUCUACUUCAUCCCGCUGCUCAUCACCUUCACACUGAUGGAGAACAUUCACCCCAACGGUCGUAUCAUUAACCUGUCGCUCACCUCCGUCUUCCCGCCCUUGCUCAACCCUGUUAUCUACACGCUGCAGACGCAGGAGAUCAAAGAGUCGUUCGGCAGGCUCAUCAGAAGCGCACGCCGCCGCCACGGCAAACACAGCGCCCGCGCUAAAGUAUGGACGGCGCUCCACUAGGAGCACACUGAGGACGCAAGUCCGAGAUGAUGGCGGCCAACACUCCUUCAGUCUUUUGUAAAUAAUUAUUUAUUCACAGUACAAGUUUCAACAUUAAUAUCAAAUAAUUUUUGGGGGGGGGAGUCUGUUUGUCGGGUCAGAAUCCAACGUGAGGUCCAGGCUCUGCUUUAGCAAAUCAAGACACCUUGAGUGUAAUCUCAGGUGGAGGUACUGUCGGCCAUCCGCUGGCGCUGGCUCAAGUGUUCCUGCCGUGUCUUGUGGUGGUCGCUCAUGCAUUUUUUAAAGGCGCCCACGUAGCUCUGGCACACUCGCCAGUCCCGAUGCUCGGCCAUGCAGUCCUGCAGCGCCUCGUGCUGCUCGGUGCAGCCCGUGCGAGAGAUCAUUUGCUCCACGGGGUCUUCUUCUUCGCCGUCGCCGCUGGUUUUCCACGUCGUCUUUGCGCUUCGGUCGUGAGGAGAAGGGGAUGUCAUUCUGUGCACCAAUGUUGUCAUUAGUUUAAGAAUUUGAUUCAAUGAUGCUAUUCAUCUCAACUGAGUUAUCAAUUCAAUUAUGGACAGAACAACAAACGCUAUUAACAAUUUACCCUCAUUGCAGUAUAGUAAAUGCGUCUAAUUCUCAUCCACAAUUCCAUAUUUAUGAUAAAUACGUGAUGAGUAAUGUUGGUGAUAUUUAUCACAAAAUGGCCCAAAUGUGUUGAACUGUAAUGGUAAGGUCAACGACACUUGAGGUGCUUGACAUGACUUGGCCAAGUAAGUCAUCUUGGGUGUUCUUUAAAAGCAUAUUUUCCAUACCUGUUAUCUUUUCCCCGAUUGGCUGCGUGUAUCUCGUAGUUAAUGUCCUAAAGGCACAAUAGCACAAUUUUAAACAUUUUUUUUUUUUUAAGUAACAACACUGGAGUCAAAAUAGGUUGCUGGUGUACUGAUCGAGGAGGAAGCAUUUAAAUGUAGGACCGAGUGCAACAGCCAAAACGUUCCCUUUUUUAUAUGACGUCAUUAAAAUGCUCUUAAUGCCAGUGGUGUCUUUUAUCUGUACACAAUAAUU